GACAUUUUACCCCCACUAUGAAUCGAAUGCUGUUCUGAAACUCUGCGACUGCUCGUUGCUCAGUAGCUGAGUACUAAUCUUCUAGUCGGAGAGAACAUAGCUUCGUGAAUUUUGCUUACGAUUUUACCGGUUUUUUUACACUUUUAGAUAAAAAGUGUUAGUGAUAAUUCUGAAAUUUUUUAUUUACAAUUCUUCACGAACAAGCUGAUUAUAGAAUUCACUAGCAGCGGAAACACCCAUCGAAGACAACUUUAUUGACGAGUUACGAACAAUCGAGUCUCCAUAAAAGGAGCUGCGCGAGCUGCAGAGCGAACGAAGAAGGGCGAUCGUAGAAGAAAGCUAAUCGUCAGGCACUCAACAAGAUGCCUGCUCCAACAUCAGCACCGGGUACGGUGGAGGGCCCACCUCGCACUGAAUUGCAGGAAUUACAACUAAAGGCCGAUCAAACUACAGAUGAGUCCCUGGAAAGUACAAGGCGUAUGCUGGCAUUAUGCGAGGAGAGCCACGAGGUCGGGAUGAAAACCCUCGUAAUGCUGGACGAGCAAGGCGAACAACUGGACAGAAUCGAGGAGGGUAUGGACCAAAUCAACGCCGACAUGCGCGAGGCCGAGAAAAAUCUCACAGGAAUGGAAAAGUGCUGCGGCCUCUGCGUUCUUCCAUGCAACAAAGGCGCCAGCUUCAAGGAGGACGAAGGCACGUGGAAAGGGAACGACGACGGUAAGGUGGUGAACAACCAGCCCCAACGGGUGAUGGACGAUCGCAACGGGCUUGGCCCGCAGGGCGGUUAUAUCGCCAAGAUCACGAACGAUGCCCGUGAAACGGAGAUGGAGGAGAAUAUGGGCCAGGUGAACACGAUGAUCGGUAAUCUGAGAAACAUGGCGAUCGAUAUGGGUAGCGAGCUGGAGAAUCAGAAUCGGCAAAUCGACAGGAUCAAUCGCAAGGGCGAAUCGAACGAGACGAGGAUAAAGGUGGCCAACGAGCGAGCCCAUCAACUACUCAAGUAAGGCCACUCUCGACCACUUGCACCCCGUCGGCCACCAACAGCACCAAAUACCAUCAUCACCACUAUCACAAUCACAAUUACAACACUAUCGACAACAACAGUUACAAUAACAACCACAACAACAGCAAUAACAAUAACAACAACCACAACAACAACAACACCAGUGUUUGUAAUAAAACCAGGACUAUCAGCUACAAGUAAUACAUACGAUCGAUUACUCUUUCGUUACUCGUAUAUACCGUUACUUAAGUACUCAUAUAUACUUACUUAAUUUAUUUGCCACUUUAUUUGUCACAAUGUACACCUUGUAUUCAUCGUAUAUACCUAUAGUACAGAGUACGAGUUGACAAAUAUGGCGAUUAACAUCGUUCUAUGAUAUGUUCUCUUUCCGUCCUGCGUUUAAAUUUCUUUUUCUUUCUUUUUUUUUUUUUUUUCCUUCCCCUUUUUUCUUUUCUUUCGAUUUACAAUUUAGCCAAUAAUAAUCGCGUAUAUAUUUAUAAAAAACGCGUAGAACGAUCAUUCAUAUCAAUUUUACUCGCAGUUAAUUGAUUUAUUGUUGUUCGAACGAUCAUCGCCUCGAAAAAGUUAUUGCCUUCUGGGAAAUAAAUUGUACCAUUGUAUGUGCUGUGCCUUUUAUUUUCAACGAAUGUUAAGAGUAAAUUCUAUUUGAAUAUAUCGCUUGUAUUUUUUUUCUUUCUUUCUUUCUUUCUUUCUUUCUUUUGUUUUGUUAUUGUAGUUCGAUUCUUUAUUCGACUAUAUUUCCGUUUCCUUCUACGACCUUUCGUUCUUUUGUUUGAUUUGUUUGAUUUCGUUCGACUAUCCUCGAGUGUAUUUUUUUUUUUUUUUUUUUUCAAAGAAUCUGCUCGAUCGCACCUACGAACCUCAUCUUUAACCCUUAAGAGAGCAAAUUUUCAUCUCUAAACGUAGAAAUAUUUAAGAGAGAAAGUUAGAAGUGAAA